CGCAACUUCUUUCAUUGACAGUCGCAACAAUUUGUAAACAAGUGCUUCGAGGUGCUGUUUUCUGGUAAAAACGAUAGUGGGUUAAAUAUUCGCACCUUCCCUUAACAUGCGUUAGAAUGAGCAUUAGUGUAGAAAAUAACGAAGUAGACAGCGCUAAGCAGGCCCUUAUGCUAGCGCUGGGUGACAAAUGGACCAUGUACUUAGCCAACAUGAAGCUUUGGUUUCGAAAGAAACACUCCAAGGAAGAGUUUGAUCUCGAAUGCCGUAAGCUCUUCAGUUCGAAUCAGCUGCACUUGCACAACCGCUUCCUGUUGGCUAUCUUGAACAAAAUCGACGCUGUUUCGGUACCUCAAUCGACGGCAAUCCAUUACGAUGGGACGCAAAUGGUUUCACCUUCCGGAGUAUAUGGGAGCAUCGGUGACGGAACGAGCUACAGCUGCCUGUCGUCGAUGCAGCAACAUGAUGGACGCACCAGUAAGAAACGAAAACGCUCCACUAAGUCGUCAUCGGAUCGUUCCACCUUUGAGCCAAUGUCACCGUACGAAUAUAUCCCACGAGAACCGGCAGCUGCCGAUCAAGAACAUUCUUCAUCCACGCAGUGUGGAGUGGCCGGAGCCACACAUCCCACGAUGCGCUAUGCUGCCCAGGAACUGUUUCUCCCCGAUAAUGGUCUCGUUCUGGGUCGUCUUCUCGUGGGUGCCUGGGAGCAUGGUCUGGCCAGUGCUGAUGACGCUGCGGUAGAAUUGAUCAUCAACUCGGUGCAAGUGCUGCUAAAGAAUAUUCUCUCCGCUGUCAUCAUGAACCGUAAGCACUAUCGCGUUACUGCCAAUGGUACGUUCUACUACGACAUUGGCCACGCCAUGAAUCAAACAAUCGUACGGAAUACGGUAACCAAGAGCAAAAUCGACGAUGAACCGAUGGAACUUGACCGCGAGAUAAUGUGCUAUGUCAAGACACCACCUACGGAUUCCACGUUUCUGGCAAGCUGUGAACAUUUGUAUCCUACCAUAAGUCGGAAAAUCAAUGCCUUCGAGCUGUACAGGGCAUUGCAAGAUCGGAACCUAAUUUCAUCUCACUCAGUGUACUCAACGAAUAUCGAGCGAAUUUCAAGCCAGCUUUCGUAGGAUCAUUAGCUUCGGUGGAGAAAGGUGUGAUUAAUGAACUUAAUUAAUGAAAAUGAUCUUUCUACGCUAGAAUACAUCGGUUUUACUACUGGGUAUAGAAUAAUCGAACGACUAACCCGCGAAUGGCCACGGUUCAAGGAUGAGCUGGAUACGAUGAAGUUUAUAUGUAC